AUGGCCACGGUGCGCGAGAGGUUUCGAACGCGACCCUCGUCUGCUGUCCCGGUCUCUUCCAUUCAGCCGCGCGCAGAAAGGCUCCUGAGAGCGCGAGGGCCUGUUGCGAGCUCGUGCGGCAUCUCAAAAACGGCACUCGAUCCGUCGGUCGCUGAGCUGGUCUUACACGCGCUCUGUGGGGCUCCACGGGCGUCCCCGCGACCGCACAUCAAGAAGCCGCCGUCUGCGUCAGGCCCGACCGUGUUUCGAAUCUCGCCAAGGCUGCGCUCGUCGCGCGAGAUCGCGGGAUCGUGGCUUCAUCCACGCGUCGGCUUCGAACGUCGAACUUCGACUCUCACAGAGCUUGAUUCCGUCUCUCGAUCUCGGGCGGUCGGACGCGUACCCCGCGGGGAACUGAAUGGGCUCCACAAGCGAUGUACGAGCGCGGGCGCGGACGCACGGAUUCAGACAAGAUGUCCCCGAGUGGACACGUACGAUGAUUCAAAAGAGACGAGCAGGAAGCACAUUGCCUGUUCAGCUUCCGGUCGUGCAUCGAAUGUUCGUGGUGGGGCGGGGCACGAACGCGACGCCGCAGAAGCAGAAGCGUCCGAAGUCAGGCGCGUCAAUGGCCCUACUUCGACAGCUCAGUGCGAGAUGCCGCCGGCGUGGACUGCAUCGCUCAUGCAUGUCUCGCACGCGAUGGGCAAGCAUCUCUUUCUUGGUUCAUUUCUGAUCGAACAGGCUGAGGCGCCGCGUUUCCGUGAAUUGGUGCAAGAACUUGGAGGAAACCCUGUUUUGCACACAGCGGUAUUUAGACUUCCUCCACCACACGCGUUGCUUUGCUCAUUUCGCAACGGGCGCAUCCGGGACCUUGUCAAGCAGGAAUCGGUGCCCCCCGAUCUUCGAUACGGAGCCCUGCGUACGGGACCACGAGUCCUAGUCUCGACGGUCCAUUUCUGGGAUCUGGCAGACGGGCUCAGAAUCCGCAGCCAGCCCUGUCGGUUUCAGCUACUAGACGAUUGCAUUCCCUGGCGUCACGUGUCAUUUGGAAUCGUAGCUGCGCGGCGCGGCCGCAGUGUCUUGGUGUCGACGCUCGCGGGCGUCGCACCGAGUAGUGAGAUCAUAGACAAAUGUAGGUCCACAGAUCUGAAGGUCCAGUGGAGACGUCGGACGUCACGAUCCGGAUGUCGCAACUCAACUCAACUCAACUCGGCGUCGGUUGAAACAACAAACGUGAGACACGUCAUUGAGCAAGUCGUGACGGCAAAGGUGCCCUCUGCGUACGCUGUUUUGGAGCUAGGUGGCUUGGCGAUAGUCGAACGACGAUAUCGCCAUGAGAUGGUGAAAACGUCCGUCAGGCUGUUCAAAAUCGCAAUGGUGGAUGUGGAGGUCCAUGGUGAUCCGAAAUGCGUGCUAUGGAACUUGCGAUUUGUGUGGACAACUAUGGCGUACAGUGUACGAGUUUUGUCUUCUGUGUCGAUUUCCCAGUCUGAUCGCCAGCAUAUAGAAUUAGCUAUAACCGUAAAAGGAUGA